AUGGGAGAGCCCCAGAGUCGCUGUGCUAGAAAUAAAGGGGAGGAGCGAGCAGAAAGAGCCUGCCGGAGCCAGCCAGGCCGGCAGGAGACGGGGGCGCUCUACUCUGCAAUCCGGCUCCACACACACAAAGACUCAGAGAGCUGCUGUAUCACAACCCCACAACUUCCGAAUAUUCUCCCCCCCCUCACCUGUGACAUACAGGUGGUGGGGGAGGAGAAUGGUCAUCAGCUGGAUGGCCAGAACAAUACCUCCAGCUCAGUUAAAUAUUAUAGACACUUGGCACCCGAUCACUUGCUGCAAAUAUGCCAUCGACUAGGACCACUUCUAGAGCAAGAAAUUCCUCAGAGUGUCCCUGGAGUGCAAACCUUAUUAGGAGCUGGAAGACAGUCUUUGCUUCGCACAAAUAAAAGUUGCAAACAUGUUGUGUGGAAGGGAUCCGCUCUUGCUGCAUUACAUUGUGGAAGGCCUCCAGAGUCGCCAGUAAACUAUGGCAGUCCACCUAGUAUAGCGGAUACCCUUUUUUCAAGAAAACUAAAUGGAAAAUACAAACUUGAACAACUUGUUCCAACUGCUGUGUAUCAGCAUAUGAAAAUGCACAAACGAAUCCUAGGACACUUAUCUUCUGUAUACUGUGUAACUUUUGAUCGUACUGGCAGACGGAUAUUUACCGGGUCUGAUGAUUGCCUUGUAAAAAUCUGGGCAACAGAUGAUGGAAGGUUGUUGGCAACUUUAAGAGGACAUGCUGCUGAAAUAUCUGACAUGGCUGUCAACUAUGAAAACACCAUGAUUGCUGCAGGGAGCUGUGAUAAAAUGAUCAGAGUGUGGUGUCUUCGAACAUGUGCACCCUUAGCAGUUUUGCAAGGUCAUAGUGCAUCCAUAACAUCACUACAGUUUUCUCCAUUGUGCAGUGGAUCAAAGAGAUAUCUGUCUUCAACUGGAGCAGAUGGAACAAUAUGUUUUUGGCUGUGGGAUGCUGGGACCCUUAAAAUAAAUCCGAGGCCAACAAAGUUUAUGGAACGUCCUCGCCCCGGAGUUCAAAUGAUCUGUUCUUCUUUUAGUGCUGGUGGAAUGUUUUUGGCCACUGGAAGUACAGAUCACAUCAUUAGGGUUUAUUUUUUUGGAUCAGGUCAGCCUGAGAAGAUAUCAGAGUUGGAGUUUCAUACUGACAAAGUUGACAGCAUUCAGUUUUCUAACACUAGUAACAGAUUUGUGAGCGGAAGCCGUGAUGGGACAGCACGUAUAUGGCAAUUUAAGCGAAGGGAGUGGAAGAGUAUUUUGUUAGAUAUGGCUACUCGUCCAGCAGGACAAAGUCUACAAGGAGUAGAAGACAAAAUCACAAAACUGAAAGUAACUAUGGUAGCAUGGGACCGCCAUGACAAUUCUGUUAUAACUGCUGUUAAUAACAUGACUCUGAAGGUUUGGAAUUCUUUCACUGGUCAGCUUAUCCAUAUCCUUAUGGGACAUGAGGAUGAAGUGUUUGUACUUGAGCCUCAUCCAUUUGAUCCUAGGGUUCUCUUCUCUGCUGGCCAUGAUGGGAAUGUCAUAGUUUGGGAUUUGGCAAGAGGGGUCAAAAUUAGAUCUUACUUCAACAUGAUUGAAGGACAAGGACAUGGGGCAGUUUUUGAUUGCAAGUGUUCUCCUGAUGGCCAGCAUUUUGCAUGUACUGACUCUCAUGGUCACCUUCUGAUUUUUGGCUUUGGCUCCAGUAGCAAAUAUGACAAGAUAGCAGAUCAGAUGUUUUUUCACAGUGAUUAUCGGCCUCUUAUUCGUGAUGCCAACAACUUUGUCUUAGAUGAACAGACACAGCAAGCUCCUCAUCUCAUGCCUCCCCCAUUUUUGGUUGAUGUUGAUGGCAAUCCUCAUCCAUCAAGAUACCAGAGAUUAGUUCCAGGUCGUGAGAACUGCAGGGAUGAGCAGCUUAUUCCACAGAUGGGGGUGACUUCAUCAGGACUGAACCAAGUACUGAGUCAACAAGCAAAUCAGGAAGUUAGUCCAUUGGAUAGCAUGAUACAGAGACUACAGCAAGAACAAGAUCAGAGACGUUCUGGGGAGGCAGGAACCAGCAAUACUAGCCGGAUGGGACGAAGCUCUGUAAGUUCUACCUCAGAAGUACAUUCACCACCAAAUAUAGGAUUAAGGCGCAGUGGACAAAUUGAGGGCGUGCGGCAAAUGCAUAGCAAUGCACCACGAAGUGAAAUAGCCACUGAGCGGGACCUUGUAGCCUGGAGUCGAAGAGUUGUAGUACCUGAACUGUCACCAGGGGUAGCGAGUAGACAGGAGGAAUGGAGAACAGCAAAGGGAGAGGGGCCAGCGGAGGGGGGGAGGGGGGAGGAGAAAAGAAAAUACUUAAGUAUAUAUUAUUCUAAUAUAAUUUUCAUGUUCUUAUAGAACCAUUCUCAUGAUCAUAUAUUAGAUGCUGGAGACUCAAGAAAGCAACAGGCAAACCAGCACAAUUACCGUACCAGAUACGCAUUAGAAGAAACUGCCAGGCCUGCUGAAGAGUUAGAAAAUGGAAACAGUUCUUCAGAUGAAGGAGAAGCAGUUGUGGCUAGUGGUGGAACAUCAGAAGAUGAAGAGAAAGCAUGGCACAGUGAUGGCAGUUCUAGUGAAUACUCCAGUGAUUACUCAGAUUGGACCGCAGAUGCAGGAAUUAAUCUGCAGCCACCAAAGAAAAUACCUAAACUUAAAACCAAGAAAGCAGAGAGCAGUUCAGAGGAUGAAGAAGGGAUUGAAAAACAGAAGCAGAAGCAAAUUAAAAAGGAAAGGAAAAAAGGGAAUGAAGAUAAAGAUGAACUGACAACAUCACCAAAGAAAAGGAAACCUAAAGAGAGAAAAAAAAAGAGGUUGACUGUAGGAGUUUUGGCAGAAAAUGGCUUGACAUUGGAAGAAUGGUUACCUUCAGCAUGGAUUACAGAUACUAUUCCUCGUCGAUGUCCAUUUGUUCCACAAAUGGGUGAUGAGGUCUACUAUUUCAGACAAGGUCAUGAAGCAUACAUUGUAAUGGCUAAAAAGAAUAAAAUAUAUAGCAUUAAUCCAAAAAAACAGCCAUGGCACAAAAUGGAACUCCGGGAACAAGAACUGAUGAAAAUAGUUGGGAUUAAAUAUGAAGUGGGAUUGCCUACUCUCUGCUGUCUUAAACUUGCUUUUCUUGACCCAGAUACUGGUAAACUGACUGGAGGAUCAUUCACCAUGAAGUACCAUGAUAUGCCAGAUGUAAUAGAUUUUCUCGUCUUGCGGCAGCAGUUUGAUGAUGCAAAACAUAGACGAUGGAAUAUAGGUGAUCGUUUCAGGUCAGUAAUAGAUGAUGCCUGGUGGUUUGGAACAAUUGAAAGCCAGGAACCUCUUCAGCCUCAAUAUCCUGAUAGUUUAUUUCAGUGCUACAAUGUCUGCUGGGACAAUGGUGACACUGAGAAGAUGAGUCCUUGGGAUAUGGAGCUCAUACCCAAUAAUGCUGUGUUCCCCGAAGAACUGGGAACUAGUGUUCCUUUAACUGAUGUUGAAUGCCGAACAUUGAUCUACAAACCUCUUGAUGGAGAAUGGGGUUCCAGAACCCGAGAUGAGGAAUGUGACAGAAUUAUUACGGGGAUAAAUCAGCUCAUGACUCUAGAUAUUGCUUCUGCAUUUGUGGCACCUGUGGAUCUCCAAGCUUAUCCAAUGUAUUGUACUGUUGUGGCAUAUCCCACAGAUCUCAGUACCAUUAAACAAAGACUGGAAAGCAGAUUUUACAGGCGGCUUUCUUCACUUAUGUGGGAAGUUCGGUACAUAGAACAUAAUACACGCACAUUCAAUGAACCAGGAAGCCCUAUUGUUAAAUCUGCCAAAUUCGUUACAGAUCUUCUGCUACACUUCAUAAAAGACCAGGCAUGCUACGAUAUAAUUCCAUUAUAUAAUACAAUGAAGAAGAAAGUCUUGUCUGAUUCUGAUGAGGAAGAAGAGAAAGAUACAAAUGUACCAGGAACGUCCACUAGAAAAAGGAAGGAUCAUCAACCCAAGCGAAGGCUGCGCAACAGAGCACAGUCAUAUGAUGUUCAGGCAUGGAAGAGACAAUGCCAGGAGUUGUUGAAUCUUAUUUUUCAGUGCGAGGACUCAGAACCUUUUCGUCAACCAGUGGAUCUCCUUGAAUAUCCAGAUUACAGAGAUAUUAUUGACACACCAAUGGAUUUUGCUACAGUUAGAGAAACUCUGGAAGCUGGCAAUUAUGAGUCUCCAAUGGAAUUAUGUAAAGAUGUAAGACUGAUUUUCAGCAACUCUAAAGCUUAUACACCAAGCAAAAGAUCAAGGAUUUACAGUAUGAGUUUGCGCCUUUCUGCUUUCUUUGAGGAACACAUAAGUUCCGUUUUAUCAGAUUAUAAAUCUGCUCUGCGCUUUCACAAAAGAAAUACGAUAAAGAAACGAAGGAGGAAAAGAAGAAGAAGCAGCUCUGUUUCCAGUAGUGCUGCAUCAAGCCCUGAAAGGAAGAGAAGAUUAAUAAAAUCUCAGUUGAAGACAGAAACGUCUGCUGCCUCCUCAUCUUCAGUUCCUGUACGUUCAACAGCACUGAGACUUAUUGCUGCUCAGAUGAAUGGAAAAGCUGCUGAAUCUUCCUCUUUGGUGCGGACAAGAAGUAAUAGGGGGAUAACAGAUACAGCUGUUACAGAACAACCAUCUACUUCUUCAGGAGGAAAACCUUUAAUUACAAAACCUAAUACUUCAGUGGUGUCAGGGAAAACAAUAUUGGAGAAUUCCACGAAACAUUCAAAGAACCAGAAUAUUGUAUCAGUUCCUAGCCAAUCCAGUUACAGUCACAACACUAGGAAUAACUCUUCAAGAGAAAAUGUGGAGAAAUAUAAACAAAUCAAACGUAAAAUGAAAUCAUCCACUAUUAAUCAGCAAGCAGUCUGCAAAAAUAAUGCUUUGACUACAGGAAGCAUUCAGGUAAAUGGACAUGGAGGGCAACCUUCAAAACCUCAAAUUAAAAGAGGGCCUGCAAAGAAACUGAAGAUAGAGGCUAACAGCAGUGCAGGUGAAGUGGUGCACAAGAAAAGAGGUAGAAAACCAAAAAAAUUACAAAUUGCUGAACAGAUGAAUGCAGAGCAUAAUUCAAUCCAGACGACGAGGGACACGGUAAUAGAAGAACCCUCAGUUUCUAAUGCAUGCAAUUCUCUUUCUGAAAAUAAUGUGAAGGAAGCUGUAUUACAAAAAAAGGGUCGUGGAGGCAGAAAGCCAAAAAGAAAGACAAAAACACAUCAUCCAGACUCAGAUCUUUUAGUCCCUGCAAAUGUUAAGAUGCAGACAAGAAGCAGGAGGAAAAAAACUGAUGAGCCUGUAGAAGAAGAAGGUUCUGAAGAACUGAAAGAUUCUGAACCUCACAUGAGAACUAGAAACCAGGGUAGGAGGACAGCCUUUUACAAUGAAGAUGACUCUGAAGAAGAGCAAAGGCAGCUAUUGUUUGAAGACACCUCUCUAACUUUUGGAACAUCUAGCAGAGGCAGAGUACGAAAGUUGACUGAAAAAGCAAAGGCUAAUUUGAUUGGUUGGUAACUGUUACUAAACAUAUUCCUUAAAAUGCUAUGAAGCAGGUACAGUUGAGGAGUGAGCAGAAGAAAGACUUCUGCUCCCCUGCUGCUAUUAUGGAUUAGAAGAAUAUGUUGUGAUUUGAAACAAUUAGCAAAAAAAGAAAACUGAGAGAACACUUCUUUGAAAGAAAUAUAUAUUUUAAACUUUUGCUAUUUAUUGCCCUCCAGAUAGGUUAUGCAUUUCAACAGUCAUUUAGGUCAUAGUUAAAAAUAAUUUGAAGACCUAUAAAUAAGCAAUUCCUGACAAUUUUGGAAGUGAAAACUACUGUACUCCUGAGCAGUGCAGAGUAUUUCUGUGAUUAAAUAAGGUGACAGAACUUUUAAUGCCACAAACUGAGAACAGAAGUCUAUUUUUGACCAAGCAAGGUACAUUUUUAUUGAUUGCAGAAGUCAUGUCUCCCAGGAAGGCAUAUGUUGGGCCAAGAAUGGCAGUAAAUUAAGAAUUACAUUUCCAUUAAGAACAAAUGCAAAAUUACCAAAUUUUGCUAAUCUGAAAAUGUUUAAUUUGAGAAGUGAUGGAAUAUUCAACUGCAAAAGAAGCCUAGCACAGGCUGUUGGCUUAAUCAAAGUUCUGCCAAACAAAGAGAAAAUGUAAUCACAAUAUAUAAAUAUAUAUAAAUAUAUAUAAAACAUCCACAUUGGAAAAAGUUUGACUAAUAUGUCUAAUUUUUCAGACCUUGAUUCUUGUAUCAAUCACUAAAUCUCUGUUUAUUGUGCCAAAGACUGAAA